AGCAGGUUUUAUUUCACGUUGAUGCUUUUAAUGUGAAACGUUUCCUUCACAAUGAUCAAUAAAGCUUUAAUACUGUACCGAUAGGAUGAAAGUAAACAGUCAUCUCAGAUCCCAAAAAACACUUUGGCACCAGGAAGCAGAGCUGAGCUACAAAACAGGGUGAAACACACAGUAUCUCUUUAAAACUUAACCCCUCCCUCUCCUUCCUGCUCUCAAACACAACAAGCUCCACUCUGUCCUCAUAUUUCCUGGUUCCCUCCCCUUUAGAUCUACAGUUUGCAGAUGGGUGGAACCAACAUGUAGUGCAGUAUAAGAGCUGCAGGCUGAAUUCACUGCAGAGACACAUGUUGUUCAGAUCAGAGCUCAAAGUUGUUCAAUUGAAACUCAGACAGUCGUUGCCACUGAGAGCUGAAAUGGCGCAGAAAGGAGAUCAGCUGGACCGAGAAACCUUCUCUUGUUCGAUCUGUCUGGAUCUACUGAAGGAUCCGGUGACUAUUCCCUGUGGACACAGCUACUGCAUGAACUGUAUUAAAGGCUUCUGGGAUGGAGAGGAUGAGAGGAAGAUCUACAGCUGCCCUCAGUGCAGACAGGCCUUCACACCGAGGCCUGUCCUGGUGAAAAACACCAUGUUAGCAGCUUUAGUGGAGCAGCUGGAGAAGACUGGACUCCAAGCUGCUCUUGCUGAUCACUGCUAUGCUGGACCUGAAGAUGUGGCCUGUGAUGUCUGCACUGGGAGGAAGCUGAAAGCCAUCAAGUCCUGUCUGGUGUGUCUCGUCUCUUACUGUGAGAAACACCUCCAGCCUCACUUUGAAUCAACUAAAUUUAAGAAACACAAGCUGGUCGACCCCUCGGAGAAGCUCCAGGAGAACAUCUGCUCUCGUCAUGAUGAGGUAAUGAAGAUGUUCUGCCGUACUGAUCAGCAGAGUAUCUGUUAUCUCUGCUCUGUGGAUGAACAUAAAGGCCACGACACAGUCUCAGCUGCAGCAGAAAGGACUGAGAGGCAGAAAGAGCUCGAGGUGAGUCGACAAAACAUCCAGCAGAGAAUCCAGGACAGAGAGAAAGAUGUGAAGCUGCUUCAGCAGGAGGUGGAGGCCGUCAGUCGCUCUGCUGAUAAAGCAGUGGAGGACAGUGAGAAGAUCUUCACUGAGCUGAUCCAUCUCAUCCAGAAAAGAAGCUCUGAUGUGAAGCAGCAGAUCAGAUCCCAGCGGGAAACUGAAGUGAGUCGAGUCAAAGAGCUUCAGGAGAAGCUGGAGCAGGAGAUCACUGAGCUGAAGAGGAAAGACGCUGAACUGAAGAAGCUCUCACACACAGAGGAUCACAACCAGUUUCUACUCAACUACCCCUCACUGUCACAACUCAGUGCAUCUACAGACUCAUCCAGCAUCAAUAUCCGUCCUCUGAGAUACUUUGAGGAUGUGACAGCAGCUGUGUCAGAGCUCAGAGAUCAACUACAGGACAUCCUGAGGGAGAAAUGGACAGAGCCACCCAAGACCAGAGCUGAGUUCUUAAAAUAUUCACGUGAAAUCACUCUGGAUCCAAACACAGCAAACACACAGCUGUUAUUAUCUGAUGGGAACAGAAAAGCAGAACGAACGAGUCAACAACAGCUUUAUCCUAGUCACCCAGACAGGUUCAUUAGAUGGUAUCAGGUCCUGAGUAGAGAGAGUCUGACUGGACGUUGUUACUGGGAGGUGGAGUGGAGCGGGGGAGGAGUUUAUAUAGCAGUCGCAUACAAGAAUAUCAGCAGAGCAGGAGGCUUGAAUGAAUGUGCAUUUGGAUACAAUGACAAAUCUUGGAUGUUAUAUUGUGGCACUGACAGUUCUGCAUUUUGGUUCAACAAAAUCUCAACUCCCGUCUCAGGUCCUGGUUCCUCCAGAGUAGGAGUGUACCUGGAUCACACAGCAGGUAUUCUGUCCUUCUACAGCGUCUCUGAAACCAUGACUCUCCUCCACAGAGUCCAGACCACAUUCACUCAGCCUCUCUAUGCUGGACUUUGGCUUUAUAAUGAUGGAGUCACAGCUGAGUUGUGUAAACUGAAAUAGACAGAAGUCAUUUCAGACUUCAUGUGUCAGAUUCUGUUGUAAUUCUUCAUGUUUUUGUCUCCAUUGUUUCU